AUGGCCAACCUCGCGCCGACCUGGGUCACCAAAGCCGGCUUGGGCGUGCUCACCCUCAACUCCGGCCUGGCCAUCUACCGCGCCAGGGGCGACCUCGCCUCCAUCCUCUUCGUCUCAGGUUCGUACACCACCCUGCUCCUCCUCUUCCGCUGCCUCCGGGACUACGAGCGGGCGGCCCCCGGCACCCCGGCCAGGGAGCGGGCGAGGCGCGCGGUGUGGCCGCUCACCACGCUGCUCACCGUGGCGUUCGCGUGGAAGGUGGCGGCCGUCAUGCCUUCGGCCAUCGCGGCGGCCGUCGUCUGGGCGCUCGCCGUCGCGACCACCGCCGGUGGCUUCUUUGCUCUGUUCGUUCCCGGAUGA